AUGAGACGAUGAACCAGCGAGCCCCUAUUGAGUGUGACCCGGAGACUAGUCAUAUCAUCACCGGGCUAUUGACAAGACCCUGUCAAACAAGGGCUACAACCAACAAAUACAAAGACAGUCUCAAGUUACUCAUUCCAAUCAGGCUCAAACCAAGGUCGCAGGAACCCUCUCCAUUAGAUCAAAGUGGGUUUCUUUCAUAUGUAUGGAUGAGUUGGAUGUCACCGUUGUUCUACAAGGCUUACAAGAGCACCCUGGAGUAUGGAGACCUUUGGACUAUAUCUGAUAACGAUAGAGGCGAGAUCAAUGGAAAGAGGUUUGAGAGAUUGUGGGAAGAUGAGGUAGAAAGAAAAGGAAAAAAAGCUGCUUCUCUUGGAUGGGUUGCACUGAGGUUCGUUAGAACGAGACUGAUUGUUGCUUUACUUGCAUUAGUUAUCUCUACUAUAGCUGCCUUUGUUACCUCGGCUGUUCUUGUUCGGAAACUACUUGCAUACACUGAGGCUGUUGAGGUUGAUUUACGGUAUGGUAUUCUGCUUGUAUUCAGUAUCUUCAUGAUGAAUAUCAUCAGGAUUUGUGGCGAUGUAUUCUUCUGGGUGUUCAGCUGUCGGACGGCUACACGGCUACGGAGCGGCGCCUUGGCAUUGGCGUUCCGUAGACUGGCAUACCUACGCAGUCUCCAAGACUGGAGCGUAGGAGAAAUAGUCAAUGUGUGUGCCAAUGAUGCUUGCGUCAUUGGUAACUUCCUCAUCUCAUCCUUGGUGAUGUUGGUAGCUGCUACCAUAGCAACGUAUCUCAUCAUUGGACCUGGUGCUCUCAUUGGAACGGUCAUCACUUUCUCCCUCUUCUUCCCAUUACAGAUGAUUUUAGGGCGUGCAGUUUCUAUGAUAAGAAUCAGAUGCAUCAGGGUUACAGAUGAGAGAGUGAAAAAGAUGAACGAGAUACUCUCCUACAUCAAACUGAUCAAGAUGUAUGCAUGGGAGAAACCCUUCAUGAAGACCAUUGCAGGUAUUCGAGCCGUUGAGAGGCGUUUGUUGGAGAAAGCAGGAUUGAUUCAGAGUUAUAGCAUCAGUAUUAUCCCAGUCGUACCCAGUCUAGCAUCAGUAUCAUCCAUUCUGAUUCAUGUUGCCAUGGGCAACACCCUCUCUGCCUCGGAGGCCUUCACCCUGGUGGCUCUUCUGAAUGUAAUGAGAGUGGUGAUAGGACCGACUCCGUUUGCUGUGAGAAUGGUAGCAGAAGGGUCCGUUGCUCUCAGAAGACUUAAGGCUAUUAUCAUCUUAGAGAGGAUAGAACCUAACCCAAGACUGGAAGAUACUUCAGACAUCAUGGUCGAGAUCAGAGAAGGAACAUUCGGUUGGGAUGUUGUCCAGAGAGAUAAGAAGACCGGGAAGAAGAAUGACCAGAAGGACACUCAUAUUCCUACAGAGAGAGAACAGAUAUCACAAGAAGACAAGUAUCAUGAAGAUGACAUUAUGUCUAAUACUUGCCUUACCAAUGGAGUCAGAUUGACUACGCUUCCCAGCGGAGUGAUUUAUGAUUCGAGUAAGAUCUCUCCUACACUAUACAGUAUCAACCUACAGCUCAAAAAGGGUGAAAUCACAGGUGUUUGCGGUCUGGUUGGGAGCGGGAAAUCAUCUCUUCUUUCUGCUAUCCUUGGUCAAAUGCACACCUUAGAGGGCGUCUGUCAAGUUGCAGGACAGUUCGCCUACGUGGCCCAGGAAGCAUGGAUAUUCAAUGCCUCUGUGAAGGAGAAUAUUUUAUUUGGUGAAGAGAUGGAUGAAGAGCGUUAUAGGAUGGUGAUUUCAGCGUGUAGUCUUGGACCAGACCGUGAUGUAUUAAGAGACGGCGAUGAGACCGAGAUAGGUGAACGAGGGGUCAAUCUGAGCGGUGGUCAAAAGCAGAGAAUCAGCCUAGCACGAGCAGUCUAUGCUGAUCGAGAUGUAUAUCUGCUAGACGACCCUCUUAGUGCUGUAGAUACACACGUUGGUAGACAUAUCUUUACCAACUGCAUCAUGGGAACUCUGAGGGACAAGACGGUGUUAUUUGUCACUCAUCAAUUACAGUAUCUGCAAGCCUGUGACACCAUCCUGGUGAUGUCCAAUGGACGUAUCGCUGAGCAGGGUCCUCAUGAUGACCUCAUAUCGGAAGGAGGGGAGUAUGCACGAUUCAUCACUGCUCAUAACAUCAAAGAUGGCGAGACGAGAGAGGGCGCAACUAACCUGGAAACGAACAAACAGCAUGUGAUGCGACAUAUCUCUGAAGUACAGAGCUUACCAGGUGAUCUAGAUGGACAGAGUGAAUCAUCGAUUCAUGAACGUGAUGAAGACAGUCCGUUGUCUGCAGAAUUGACUUCUACCAGGGGGCCUGGAUGGCAUACAUACCAUGCCUACGUAGAGAGCAUGGGAGGUUAUCUCAAUGCCACUGGUCUCUUUCUCUCCUUCAUAGUGCUAGUUGGUCUACUGGUAUUCAAUAACUGGUGGCUUGGGUACUGGAUUCAGACCAGUAACUCCAGCCAGGGGAAUAGCAGUGGAUUGGAAGGAGAUGAGAUGAGUUUGUCAGAGGAUGCCAAUCUAGGUUUCUACGCGCUGGUGUAUGCAGUAUCUCUGGCUGUCGUCUUUGUUGUGGCAGGUCUUAAAAGCCUAAUCUAUAUGAAGUUGACUAUGAGAUCAUCAUCCACCCUUCAUAACAGGCUGUUCGAGCGAGUGGUAAGGAGCCCGAUGAGAUUCUUUGAUACCACACCUACCGGUCACAUCUUGAACAGAUUCUCUAAAGAUAUGGAUGAAGUGGACGUCAUGCUCCCCGUCAACGUCGAUAUCGCCGUAAUGAACACCAUGGUCAUCAUUGCCUCCAUCGUCAGCAUCUCUGCGGUAUUUUAUUACUUCAUGAUCGUCAUCAUUCCUGUCUGCAUCGUUUCCUACUUCAUCUUCGUCUUCUAUCGUCGUGGGGUCAAUGAUCUCAAGAGGCUAGAGAACAGUAGUCGCUCGCCAUGGUUUUCACACAUCGGAUCAACAACGAUGGGCUUGUCAACUAUCCAUGCCUACGAUAAGACUGAAGAAGUCAUUGCAAAGUUCUUGGAUCUGUUGGAUAUGAAUGCAUAUCCACUAAUGCUCUUCAGAAUGGCAAUGAGAUGGGCUGGAGCUCGCCUUGAACUACUGGUCCUUGUUAUCAUCACCAUUACAAACCUAAUGGUCGUCCUGAAACAUGGAUCAGUGCCUCCUACUCUUGCAGGUUUAGCCAUCUCAUAUGCAAUGCAGCUAACGGGAUUGUUUCAAUUCACCAUGUCCAUGGUAGCUGAUGCUGAAGCACGCUUUCUUUCAGCUGAACGCAUCCUUCAAUACACCAAGCUCCUGGAGUUGGAGGCCCCUGACGAGACGACAGAGAAGCCUGACAAACAAUGGCCUUCACAGGGAGCCAUCAAGUUUAACAACUUCAAGAUGCGUUACCGUGACAACCUCCCUCUGGUGCUGAAGAGCAUCACAUGCAACAUCCAGGCAGGGCAGAAGAUAGGCAUCGUAGGGAGAACAGGAUCGGGCAAGUCAUCUCUAGGAGUCGCUCUGUUUCGCUUAUUGGAGGCAGUAGAGGGCAGUAUUUUCAUUGAUGGUGUCGACAUCAGCAAGGUUGGUUUGACCCACUUGAGAUCGAAGCUAUCGAUCAUCCCUCAAGAUCCGGUUCUCUUUAUCGGUACAAUCAGAUACAACUUGGAUCCUUUCAGGGAGCAUGAAGACGAGGCUUUAUGGCAGGUUCUUGACAAAGUGUACAUGCAAGAAAAGAUCAGUUCCUUGACGCACGGCUUGGAGUCCUUGGUAACCGAAGGAGGGGAUAACUUCUCUGUAGGGGAGAAACAACUCCUGUGUAUGGCAAGGGUACUACUUAGAAACAGCAAGAUCCUAUUCUUAGAUGAGGCGACUGCAGCCAUUGACACAGAAACAGAUAGCUUGAUACAGCAGACAAUACGAACAGCUUUCAAUGACUGUACCACACUCACCAUAGCACAUCGACUCAAUACAAUACUGGAUUCUGACAAGAUUCUAGUUAUGGAUGAUGGAAAGAUUGUUGAGUUUGAUUCUCCUUCCGACCUCCAAAGCGAUCCGACCUCUAUCUUCAGCAAGAUGGUCCUUCCAGCAGAAUCUCAGAACGAGUGACCUUCAGGACUGGUCUAAAUGGAUGAAAGCAUACAACACUUCAUUAAGUGUUUAGUUGAUCCCUCCUAGCAUGCUAAACAAACCAAUCUUUAUAUUCUUCAAUAAGAUUUUCAAAACAAACGAAUUACAGGCCUGGAAGAAAGCAUAUAGCGAGCACGUCAUAGCGUAUAUGUUAGGUUUGACCCCUUCUUGGAUUCUGAACAAUCCAAUAUUUAUUUUCUUCAAUUAAAACAAAAGCCAUUUCAUAUCGAACGACCUACAUGCCAGGAUAAAAGCACACAACAAGCACUUCAUUGAGAUCUUACACGUUGAGUUUGAUUCCUUUUAGCAUGCUGAAGGAUCGCAUCUCUGUCUUGGGUAUUAGAUGACCGUGUGGUAAUAUGCACUUUUAGAUUUGCGUGGACUGCUACGUGUG